AGGCUCUAUACAAACCGCACCCUUUUGUAUUUAUCGAUCUAUACUUAACACCAGCUCCAAAUCAGUGCCACGAAUUUUAUUCAAAAAUGGGAAAAAUUUCCAGGUUGUCAUAGGGGGGCGUGUUUUCGAUCUUACUGAAAAUGGCAAAAUUGUGCAGUCGUUGUAAAACUCUAUUGACUUGCGGUGUAGCUAAUGGUGGUUCUUACUUCCGAGACGCAGUUUUUAGUGGAUAUGAAAUCAAUGGACCAGUGGAUUGAACAAGAUCAGUUUCUACAGCAAGUGGCAUUUGCAUUCAUGGGUUCCAUUCAAAACUGAACCUCCCAUCUCUUUAUCUUACCAAACAUAUAUGAAAAUUAUUCGGUAAUGCAUUCCGUUUCAAAUAAGAAGCCAAAGUUUGAUAUACCUUUGUUACUAAAGAUGCCUUUAACUGAUAGCCCGUCAAACCAGAGCACAGAGGAGUGUUUCUUGUUCCCUGUAGAAGAGAUUGUUCAAUACCCGUUGCCAGGCUAUGAAGCUCCGACUUCUAUCUCUUUUAGUCCUGAUGAUCGAUUUAUCUCUUAUUUGUUCAGUCCUGAUAAUACUCUUAAUAGGAAAGUUUUCGCAUUUGAUCCUUCAACUUGUCAAGACAAUCUUAUAUUCAACCCUCCUGGCGGUGGGCUUGGUGAGAGCAAUCUUUCAUCAGAUGAGAAAUUGAGGAGAGAGAGGCUUAGAGAGAGAGGGCUGGGUGUUACUCGAUAUGAGUGGACAAAGUCUUGCUCGAAGCCUGCAAUCAUGGUCCCUCUGCCUGAUGGGGUCUAUUUCCAAGAUGUUACUAGUUCUAGUCCAAAGCUUAAGCUGCCCAGUACAUCUUCAUCACCGAUUAUCGAUCCUCAGCUUUCUUUAGAUGGAAGUAUGCUUGCCUAUGUUAGAGAGAGUGAAAUCUAUGUCUUGAAUUUGUCAUUUGGAGAACCAAAACAAUUGACUUAUGGGACCAGAGAAAAUUGUAAGGCUCAUGGAAUUGCGGAAUAUAUUGCACAGGAGGAGAUGGAUCGAAAAACAGGAUUCUGGUGGUCCCUUGAUAGUAAAUACAUUGCAUUCACUGAAGUUGAUGCUACUGAAAUUCCCAUCUAUAGAAUCAUGCAUCAAGGCAAAAGCUAUGUUGGCUCUGAUGCUGAAGAAGAUCAUGCCUACCCAUUUGCUGGAAAAGCAAAUGUUAAAGUUCGCCUUGGCGUGGUUCCAUCUUCAGGGGGUGAAAUCACUUGGAUGGACCUCCUCUGUGGAGGACUGGAUGUUCCUUGUAACAGUGAGGAAUAUUUGGCUAGAGUAUCAUGGAUGCCGGAAAACAUUCUCAUUGCUCAGGUUUUGAACAGACCUCAUUCAAGGCUAAAGAUUCUUAAGUUUGACAUCCAUUCAGGCAAAAGGGAAACACUCUUUGUUGAGGAGGCAGAGUCAGAUACAUGGAUUAACUUACAUGACUGCUUGACUCCUUUGCUAAAGGGUGUUGAUAAGUUUACAGGGGGGUUUAUUUGGGCCAGUGAGAAAACUGGCUUUAGACAUCUUUAUCUUCAUGAUAAGACUGGGACAUGCAUGGGACCUAUCACAGAGGGAAACUGGAUGGUUGAGCAAAUAGCUGGCGUGAAUGAAAAUACAGGGGUUGUAUAUUUCACUGGAACCAUGGAUGGACCUUUGGAAACCAACUUAUAUUGUACGAAACUAUACCCGGAUUCAAGCCAACCUUUGCAGAGACCACAGAGAUUGACAUUUGGUCCAGGAAAACAUGCAGUCAUCCUAGAUCAUCUUAUGCAGAGGUUUGUUGAUGUUAAUGACUCUUUGGAAACUCCACCUAGGGUCUCGCUUCAUUCAUUACCUGAUGGAGCCUUAUUAAGGAUCCUAUAUGAGCAGUCUUCUGUUAUCUCGCGAUGCAAAAGACUUCAACUUGUGUCCCCUGAGAUUGCAGAGAUAAAGGCAAAUGAUGGAACAACUCUUUUCGGGGCUAUAUACAAGCCUGAUGCCAAGAGAUAUGGACCGCCUCCAUAUAAAACCUUAAUCAGUGUCUAUGGAGGCCCUAGUGUUCAGUUCGUAUGCAAUUCAUGGAUCAAUACAGUUGACAUGAGAGCUCAGUAUUUACGAAGCAAAGGCAUCCUGGUCUGGAAGCUUGAUAACCGGGGGUCAGCACGUCGUGGUCUCAAAUUUGAAGGGUCGCUAAAGUACAACUUUGGGCGUAUCGAUGCUGAGGACCAACAGACUGGUGCAGAGUGGCUUGUAAAGCAGGGCCUUGCGAAGCCUGGCAGGCUUGGCCUAUAUGGCUGGAGCUAUGGAGGCUAUCUCUCCGCCAUGUCUCUAGCCAGGUUCCCGGACACAUUCAGCUGUGCAAUAUCGGGAGCGCCCGUCACAGCUUGGGAUGGUUAUGACACAUUUUACACAGAGAAAUAUAUGGGUUUUCCCACUACGAAUGUGGCUGGUUAUGAGUACAGUUCUAUCAUGCACCAUGUCCAUAGAAUAAAGGGUAAAUUGUUAUUGGUGCAUGGAAUGAUUGAUGAGAACGUGCAUUUUAGGCACACUGCAAGGCUUGUUAAUGCCUUCAUAGCUGCUGGUAAGCCUUAUGAAUUACUGGUUUUUCCUGAUGAGAGACACAUGCCUAGAAAGCAAAGGGACAGGGUGUACAUGGAGGAGAGAAUAUCUGAGUUUAUAGAGAGGAACUUGUGAGAGAAUCCAUUACUGGUGAAUUUUUUGUUGAUGUUGUUGAUCAGCGUUUUAAAACUCGGUCGAGGCAACUCGGACUCGACCGAGUAACUCGGUCAUGAACCGAGGUGAGUUUUGGGUGAGUUAGUUAUACACAUUAUUUUUAAACGUUAAGUAUAAUAUCUCCGCUACACUUUGGCUGA